AUGGACCCCCUCUCAGAGCUCGAGCGAAUGGCCCAAAACGCCACAGCCAGCUCUCCCAGCCCGCCCACCGAAGCCUGCAUCUCCCGCUGGCAGCACCUAUUCCAGUACACGCGAUCCGAAGCCCAGAUCCUAAUCGCCACGCACCGUAGCGACGUGACGCGUAUCCGGAUCCCGGACUCGCACUGGGCGCUGGUGCGCGAAGAGCGCGAGGCGGCGGGCUAUGACCGCGAGACGUACGAGCACAGUCUGCAGUUGAAAGACGUGUUGAAUGCGCAGAGCACGGUUGUGCAUGAUGGCGAGGGCAAGGCAUGGUGCUUGAUCCGGCUGGGGGGCCUGUUGGGCAGCGCGGAGAAGGUGCGGGAUGUUGCGGGGUUGGGGGAGGUUCCGGGGGUUACGGAGGGGUGGAAUGAGAUGGGGAUGGUGAGGUUUUGUAUGGUUGAUGAGGAGGCGAAGAAGAAUAUUGAGAGGUGGGUUGAGCAGCAGCAGGUGCUGUGA